CAACUAGGACAUUGGACAGAGAUCCAAGAUGGCGGAUGUGCUGUUUCCCCUUCAAAUGCCCGGGUAACAGCACAUUGCUUUCUUGCUAAUAAGUCGGCCGGGGUCUAUUAUGGACGCCUAAAAGCUGAACGUCUGCGUUCCGGAUAUCCAAUGUCGUCUCGACCAUUGUUUUAGACUUGGUUUUGAACUGUCGCUGGCUCAAGAAACGGAGAAGUUGGAAGUUUGUAAGUUUAUUAUUUGAAGCUGGGUCGUAAAGAUGGCGGCUACAUAGACCACGAAGUGCCUGAGUGUGCGCUAUAAUUCCCUCUGGAGUUCGUCGUGGAGGUCGGUCAAUACCGUUUUCUAACUCAGCAUCUGCCAUAACGAAACACUAUCAUCACGCCUAUGUUUCUUCCAAACAGGAAGACGGAAAGCCAGUCUGACAAGUUACUGAAGUGGGUGUUCACGAGUUUGGGCUUCUCAGUUUCUGCAACAUGGUGCAAAAAUAGCUUGAAACGUACCCAAACUGAGGGAAUUUCGUGCAAUACGGGAGGGGAGGGCGACAGGAGACGGCAAAAUGUGGAAUGUGUGGAAAAUCUGGCUGUGCUUUGGCGCCGUUUUGCUUUCCUGUAGUGGCUACACCUGGCCUCUCCCUGAUCAACUCUCGGCAGCGCAACAGCGGGAGUUGAAGGAACUGCAGGAGGACGUGGAGACUGAGAUUUCAGACAUAUGCUGUAACAACGGGCUCAAACGAUGCUGCGUGGAAACGAAAAAGUCUCUGGCGGAAAGGAAAAUAGAGGAGUGGAAGGAGCUAAUCGACAGCCUGAAAGAGCUGAAAAGCACACCAGAUGAGGAAAAGGCUAUGAAGUGGCUGGAAGAAUAUAACGAGGAGCUUCGGCAGCGGCAGGCGAAAUCUGCGGAAGCUAACUGGGCACAGUCAACUAACAUCACUGACGAGAACGCAGCCAAAGUUGUGGACGUGACGAUGGAGCUCACGAAGUGGUCUCUAAAAAAGAUGGAGGAGGGAAAGAAGUUCGAUACAUCCGGGUUCUCGGAUGACGUCAAGCGCCAGUUUGGGAUGAUUACCAAGUCAGGAAGUUCAAGCGACGAGGAAAAAACACGGAAAGUAGCGGAGAUAGGAACAGAACUUGAGAAGAUCUACAGCACGAGCACCGCGUGUCUACCAAGCGGCACAUGCCUGAAGCUGGACCCUGACCUGGAGGGGAUACUAGCGAAGUCACGUGACUACGACCGUUUGACGUGGGCGUGGCUUAGCUGGCGAGAUGCUGUUGGUCCACCAAUGAAAGACAAGUACGCAGAGUGGGUGGCGCUGAUGAACGAAGGAGCACAAGAAAAUGGUUAUGCCGAUAAGGGCGUCAUAUGGCGGGGCGCUUACGAGAUGCCUAACGACACUCUAGAGGAGAUGGUGGACGGGGUUUGGGAGAAGGUGAAACCCCUGUACACCCAGCUCCACGCUUACGUCAGAAGGAAACUGUCUGAGACGUAUGGAGAAGACAAGGUGCUAACAACAGGGCAUAUACCUGCGCACUUGUUUGGAAACAUGUGGGCUCAGCAGUGGAACAACAUUUACGACAUCGUCGUGCCGUUUCCGGAUCAACCGGCAAUCGACGUCAGCGACACCAUGGUAGAACAAGGAUACGACCCACUGCGCAUGUUCAAAACUGCGGAGGCGUUCUUCGUGUCCAUUGGUCUACGUCCCAUGCCUCAGACAUUUUGGGACAAGAGUAUGAUAACUCGACCUGAUGACAGGGAAGUUGUUUGCCACGGCUCGGCCUGGGAUUUCUACCACCUGCCCGGCGACACUGACGUCAGAAUCAAAAUGUGCACGAAGGUAAAUCAAGAAGACCUGCAGACGAUCCAUCAUGAAAUGGGACAUAUUGAAUAUUUCCUAACAUAUGAGGAUCAGAAGACUCUGUACCGUGGCGGCGCGAACCCAGGGUUCCAUGAGGCAGUGGGUGAUACUAUAGCAUUGUCCGUGAAUACUCCUGGUCAUCUCAAGAAAAUCGGACUGCUCCAAAAUAUUGAAGGCAACCAAGGUACCGAAUUUCAAAUCAACGAACUACUGAAGAUGGCUCUGUCGAAAGUUGCCUUCCUGCCAUUUGGGCUGUUGAUUGACAAGUGGAGAUGGCGAGUUUUUAGCGGUGACAUCACACCAGACAAGUUCAACACAGAGUGGUGGAAUUUACGAAUGAAGUACCAGGGUAUCAAACCACCGGUAGAGAGGACGGACGAGGAUUUUGAUCCAGGGGCAAAAUACCACAUCCCCUCUGGAACCCCCUAUAUCAGGUAUUUUUUCAGCUUCGUCGCCCAGUUCCAAUUCCAACAGGCGCUUUGUGAGGAGGCGGGGCAUGACGGUCCUCUACACACGUGCGACAUCUACCAAUCCAAGAAAGCUGGCGCCAAGUUAAAAAAUAUGCUGAGUAUGGGAGAGAGCAAACCGUGGCCAGAAGCCAUGAAGGCGAUCACCGGACAGGAUAAGCUCGACCCAUCCGCCAUCUUGAAAUACUUCGAACCGCUUGAAAAAUGGCUGCGUGAGCAAAACAAAAACGAAGAGUUGGGAUGGGAAUAGGUGGUAGGUGACAAGCUAGAUGGGAAGCUAGGACUCUUCUAGAAUACACGAAUAAAAGAAGGUGACUUGAGCUUUUGAUAGGAAUUUUCUGUAUCAGACGUCUUAAGAGAAGCAAUAAACAGUGCAAAACCAAAUCACCGGGAAUAAGGAGGGGGUAAGGUUAUCAUAACGUACAUUCAAUUUUAUAUCCGUUUACAAAAGUGAAGAUUGGAAUAGACUUCAGGAAAACAUCAAUGUGUUUGAGCUUUUUACUCGUGGUCCGUGCCACAGUUUGCCGCGUCAUAAUCCUGUCACAAUAGUUACGCAUGGCUGUUAAGUCUGUACUUACACAAGAAUGUCCAAAUGUGCUUCUCAUGAUCAUUGUAUUAAGUCAUAAAGACGUACAACGACAGUCAGUGGAAUUGUUUUAAUUGAAGGACAAGGUGCAGUAGGCCUAGAUAUAAUAACAUGUUUAUUUACGCUUAUUUGGGACUUGGUCGGGGUCAAACGACUUGUAUGUCUUCCAUGAAAAUAAGUGUCACUCAAAUCACAUAUAUGAUUUAUAUUCGUGAACGUGAUACAAAAGUUCGUCUACUUAACAGCAUACUUGUAACAUAUGUUUUAUCCUUUGCAAUUGUAGUAAUCGUUGGGUUUUCAAUGGGGGAUAUGUGUGAAAAAAAUGAAUAGUGCAUUGUGGUUCUUAUUAUCUAUGAUUUAUUUAGUCUGCUACAGCUUACCGCUCAAAUAUAUGACUAUCAUACCAAACUUACACUGGAAAACAGAAAGAAACGUACGAGAUUUCCGUCAUCAGCUAGAGUCUAGUUUGUUUUCUUGACAGUGAUGUUGCAAUUGACUUCUUGAAAUCGUACUUACUAGCUUAAAGAGAUGAUCUAUAUUCCGCAAUGGUAGCAACUAAUGGCUUUCCAAUAUGUGGAUAAAUCAUAGUACAUUUUGGCAAUAUGAUGAUUUAAUAAAAAUCGAGAUACUACA